AAUAGCCGAGGUUCCAAUUCCAAACCCUUCUUCCUCCGAUUUCAUGGCUUCCUCCCCUGGCGGUGGCGGGAGCCCCCGCCGGCACAGCAGUGAUCGUGGGGACGGCGGCGGCAGCGGAUCCCAAAUCACCGCCGACGCCUCCUCCCUCCGCGGGCAGCCGCCAUGUGAAGAGGAGCUCCAUCUUGGAGGCAGUGCUGAGCCUGCAUCUGAAGCGAAGACAAUGCAAGACCACGGAUCUUCGUCCAUCGCUGCCGCUUCCUCAUCCUCCUCCUCCCCGCCGGUUCCAGAGGCAGUUGCUACUGAAGUGGCCCUGCCGGCAUCAAGCCUUCCUUCUACUGGGUCAGUCUUCUGGGCUCGGCGAAGCAGGAUUGGGGCUUGAAAUUUUUCAUCAGGGUCGACAUUGAGGGGUCUUUCCAUAUGUACCCUGACGUGGGUGGGCCAUUCCAGAGCUUACAGGAAGCUCAGAGUGUCAUCGAUGGCCAUCUUGAGGACCGCCGGGUUCCGAAAAUGUGCAUGAAACAAGCUAAGGUUUCUCAAGUGGAAAUGGCUAUACGAACAUGUCUUUACUUUCCUGAUGGCACAAGGAAGAGGUGUUCAAAAUCAGCUGCAACUGAGAAAAGCCGUGAUGAAAAGCGCCGAUUUGUUCAAGCUUUAGUUGACAAUCAUAACAAUGACCACAAUCUCUUUGGGGAUACUGUGUAUGAACUCAAAGAUGUUCUGCAGUACUAUGCAAUUUGUGAGAACCAUAGGGUGUACUAUCAUUUCAAUUUCACUGCAAAGACUAAAGGAGCUGAUGACUUUGACCGUGGCACCGACAACCUAUUCUUCGCUGAAGUGAAAAAUAUGCGACAAGGAGAAGAACAUGAAGAAUUACUUGUCACCUGUUUCUGCAUGGUUAAGCCUAUUGAUAAUGGUCACUGCUAUGGUUGUAAAAACCAUGGCCGUGUUAAUAUGAAGCACCCCAACGAAGUUAAUGCAUUUACUGGUGGUCACUUGGAUAUUUGUAUGCCGAUGACGCUUAAGACAGAGUGGAGCGAUGAAGAAGGUGUAUGUGAUUUAUUUCGUGCAGAGCUGAGGAAGCCGAGGAGGCUAGGAUAAGGCACAUGUACAAGGGUCAUAGACGUUUGAGGAAGAAACUCAGAGAGCUCCCUCCGGAUGUGAAACGGAGGUGUUUGACGAUUACGAAGAGCACCCGAGUGGAAGAUUAGGAAGGGGUUCUAGAGUGAAAACAUGUACCUAUUUAUAACAAGCUACUCGUGGAGGACAACUUUCUGCUUUCCAUAUAUGUAGCUGAUGUUUCUAUAUGUUUGGUCUCAAAUACCAUUUAUCAGAAGUUGUGAAGGAAGUGAGCAUCAUUAGAACACAUAUCCUGACUGUACAUGCAUGGAACACAUAUCCUGACUGAAGGAAGUUGCUGUUUGCAUCUUCGGCCCCAAAACUAUUCGAGGUUUAAA